AUGGGGUUCCUCAGCUUCUUUAAGCUGAAUCUGUUCGAUCCAGACGCCUUCGACAAGGAAUUGACCGCUCUAACCCAAGCAAUUUCUAGAACAAGAAACCAGGUGACUGCAUUAUCGGUCAAACGCAAGGCUGUAAGUAGAAAUAUUACUUACCCUCUGGUGAUUGCUUACGUGGCAUGGAUCGCUUAUAGGUACAGAGUAUCCUUAAACAACUUGGGUCCUCUAGCAUUGGGGAAGUCUCAUUUUUCCAUAUUCUUGUCGGGUCAGAACACCCUGGACUUGCUCUAUACGGUGUUGUUUCCUUUGGUGAUAGCAACCUUGGUCUUUCUCUUGGAUACUUUAUUUGAUUUGUGGAUAUCCAGCAAGAAUAAGUCAUUGCAAGGGUUGUUAAAGCGUCACAAGGCCAAGAUUGAAGACCUAAAGCGUGUGACGAACUUCAAUACCACGUCGCUGUUGCUUCAGAAAUAUAGCAAGGAAGGCGACCCUCAAUUGUCUAGCGACAAUGGAGGCAAGAAGAAAGCAAAAGGUCAGAACCAGGCAAAUGCCAGUCAAAAACCUGGCGUGAACUCGGGCACUUCAACGGGCUCUUCAUUGGGACAAAGUGACCAACGACCAAAGAAGCUACCGGCUACUAUCAAUCGACCCAAUAUCCAGGUAAAUGGUAGCAACCCUCAGGGCAAUGGAGCCAAUUACCCAGUAGGGGGCCCCCAUGGCCAAUCUGAUACCCGUCAAACUGAUGCAAGUGUCCGUCGCUCUGCUCCUGUCCAGGGCCCAGUACAUAAAAGUCUACAAGAUCGGCUUCUUGAUUAUAUCAUUGGAUCUGAACAUAACGAGAGCGUCGAGAGCCGGUAUGCUCUCAUUUGCUCCAAUUGUUAUACCCAUAACGGAUUGGCACCUCCAGGAUGCACUGAUCCUCAUACUGUCACGUAUAUCUGUCGACAAUGUGGAUACAUCAAUGGAGCAUUGGACACACCACCAAGUUCCGGGACGCCAGGCAGCGGGGCGGAAUCUGUGGCUAGCUCUAUGCCUCUUUCCAAUCAAGCUUCUCCAACAUUUAUUGUGACGAGCCCUAGUUUAGACAGUGCAGAGAAAUCCAAUACUUUGGAUCCGGUGGAUGUGGAUGCCGUGGAGGCGGAAAUUGUUGAUGAAUCGAAGGGAGAAACGAAAGAAACAAAGAGUGACGCUACAGAUGUUCUAGAGGACAUUUCGAAAGCGCAAAAGCCCGAAUAA